UGCCAUUCACAAGCCAUGGAAAUGGAUUCUCUCCAAAGCUUAAUACCUUCUUCCCUACCAAUGGCCUUGUUCUUCAUCAUCCCAUUACUUCUGUUAAUGGGCCUGAUCACUCGGAUCCGGCGAAACCUCCCGUACCCACCAGGCCCAAAAGGGUUACCAAUAGUCGGUAACAUGUCCAUGGUGGAUCAGCUAACCCAUCGUGGCCUCGCCAAGCUAGCCAAACAAUACGGCGGCUUGUUCUACAUGAAAUUCGGCUUCUUACACACAAUAACCGUCUCGUCUCCCGAGAUGGCUCGCGAGGUUCUUCAAGUGCAAGACGUGGUUUUCUCGAACCGUCCGGCUCCAAUCACGACCCACUACCUGACCUACGAUCGCGCCGACAUGGCGUUCGCUCACUACGGACCGUUUUGGCGUCAGAUGCGUAAGAUUUGCGUGACGAAGCUGUUUAGCCGUAAACGAGCAGAGUCGUGGGAGUCGGUGCGUGACGAGGUGGAUUCGAUGGUUAAAGCCGUGGCUUCCAAUGUUGGCUCGGCUGUGAACGUUGGGGAGUUGAUAUUUACUCUGACCAUGAAUGUUACUUACAGGGCCGCGUUUGGGUCCAAAAAUGAAGGCCAGGAGGAGUUUAUAAAGAUAUUGCAGGAGUUUUCGAAGCUUUUCGGGGCAUUUAAUAUGGCUGAUUUUAUUCCUUGGGUUAGAUGGUUUGAUCCACAGAAUCUUAAUAAGAGACUUGUCAAGGCUCGUUUGUCACUUGACAAGUUUAUUGACAAGAUUAUUGAUGAUCACGUGGAGAAGAACAAGAGGGAGAAGACAGAGGGUGGUGGCGAUGAAGGUAAGAUUACUGACAUGGUUGAUGAUUUGCUUGACUUUUACGGUGAGGAGGCAAAGGUAAAUGGAGGAGCUAAUCAACAGAACUCCAUCAACCUCACCAAGGAUAACAUCAAGGCCCUCAUCAUGGAUGUGAUGUUUGGAGGGACAGAGACGGUGGCGUCAGCAAUAGAAUGGGCCUUGUCGGAGCUGAUGAGGAGCCCUGAGGAUCUAAAGAGGGUGCAGCAAGAGCUUGCUGACGUGGUGGGCCUUGAUAGGCGUGUCGAGGAGAGCGACAUAGAGAAGCUGACUUUCUUGAAUUGCACGAUGAAAGAAACCCUGAGACUCCAUCCGCCAAUCCCUCUGCUCCUCCAUGAGACAGCCAAGGCAACGGAGAUUGCAGGGUACUACAUCCCGGCACAGACACGUGUCAUGAUCAAUGCAUUUGCCAUUGGAAGAGAUCCGAACCAUUGGGAGGAUCCGGAUACGUUUAGGCCUUCAAGAUUCUUGAAAGAAGGGGUGCCGGAUUUCAAGGGGAGUAACUUCGAGUACAUCCCGUUCGGGUCGGGUCGGAGGUCCUGCCCAGGUAUGCAACUCGGACUUUAUUCACUGGAAUUGGCGUUGGCUAACUUGCUUCACUGUUUCAAGUGGGAAUUGCCUGAUGGUAUGAAACCAAGUGAAGUCGACGUGACUGAUAUCUUCGGACUCACCGCGCCAAAGGAGAGUCGACUCAUUGCCGUACCGACUCGAAGAUUGGUUUGUCCUCUCUUUUGAGGACACAAUAAGCUAGAGAAAAGGGAAGGUGUUGUAUUGACCGGCUUGGAUUUUGUUUUUGGGUUUUUAUUGUCUGGAUUUGGAAAGACUAUUUGUCAAGUAUCAUUUGAUCUUUCUUCUUCUACAAUGUUUAUGUCAUAAGUAUUGUAACAGGAGAAUUCUAUUUUUCCUAGCAGUUUCGGUUAUCUUUAGGUUGCACCUCCCUCUCUGUGUUGGUAAUAAAGUAUUUCCUUUCUUUU